AUGGCGUGCACGCGCAGGGCUCGCGCACUGUUGUCCGUGAGCCUGAACUUCCUGGCGCUGCUGUUCUCCACUUGUGCGUUCAUGAGUUCGUAUUGGUGCGUGGGGACACAGCGUGUGCCCAAACCCACCUGCAGCAAACUGCGACGUCACAACUGCAUCGACUACGGCGUGAACGAGACGGACCAGAGCAAGGUGCACUACAGCUGGGACACCGGCGACGACCGAUUUCUGUUCCGCCGCUUCCACACUGGGAUCUGGGCGUCCUGCGAGGAAGACAUCCUGCAGCCAGGGGAAAACUGCCGCAGCUUCAUUGACCUGGCCCCGGCCUCAGAGAGAGGUCUUCUGGGGAUGGUGGCCCACAUGAUGUACACUCAGGUCUUUCAGAUCACAGUGAGUCUGGGACCAGAGGACUGGAGACCUCACAGCUGGGACUAUGGGUGGUCUUUCUGUCUGGCCUGGGCCUCCUUCACCUGCUGCAUGGGAGCCUCUGUCACCACACUCAACUCUUACACCAAGACUGUGAUCGAGUUCAGGCACAAACGCAGACUGUUCGAGCAGGGACUGAGGGAGGAGGGGGUCUACCUACACCAAGACCUGGUCCAGGACCUGGACCCAGACUUAGACCUGCACCUGCAUCCGGACCGAGACCUGCACCCGGACCUGAACCCAAGCUCCUUCCACUACCUGUCUGAGCGUCCCGUCCAGUCCAUCUCUGGAGCCGUGGAGGUCUACCCGAACCACAGUCCUCUGAAGCCCAGGGACAGAGCACCAACCUGGGGGAAGACCAGAGCAUUGCGGGCCCCUGUGGACAUGGACUCUCUGUGA